AUGGAGAGUGGAGAAGUUCGAAGACUUCAUGUCGUUUAUUUUCUUAGCCGGAUGGGACACGUGGAGCAACCCCACCUCAUCCGUGUUCAUCAUCUCCCCCGUCGCGGCGGCGUUUAUCUUCGAGACGUAAAGAGGUGGCUAGGGGAAUUGAGAGGGAAGGCGAUGCCCGAAGCGUUCGCGUGGUCAUACAAAAGGCAAUACAGAGCAGGGUACGUUUGGCAAGAUCUGGUGGAUGACGAUCUCAUAACUCCAAUUUCUGACAACGAAUAUGUUCUUCAAGGAUCCCAAUUAUAUCCCACUGCUUUUUUUGAUAAUUCUCGCCUCUGUUCUUCCUCCACGCAAACAAAGGAUUUGGAUGCUUAUGAAGAUUCGGAGCGAUCCAUGGUGACCGACGACGGAGAUUCUAUGAAGGUUGAAGAACGGGCUAAGAACUUGGAGGUAGCCAAACAGGGAAUUGUAGAACGUACCAUGCAGAAGGAAGGUGAACCCAUGUCAACAGUUUCAUCGGCUUCGUCGUCAUCGGAGCAACAUGCAUUUACAAAGAGCAAGAGCUACUCAAGUGGAGCUUCUACCAUGCUUCGUCAAUGGAUUACGUGCGGGGCGAUAGAUACAGACGACUCCGUUUUGAUCAAGAAUCCAUCGCCCAAAGAUUCAUCAUUGGAAAAACCUAAAAAUGGCGCCGUGUUUUGUAGAGACGACGAGAUGGGUGGCUCAGCCCGAGUUCAACGAAAUUCUUGGGAUGGGAACCUUGAGCUCUCCUGCCAACAUAGCCAACAAAAUUCUCGAAAAAGUUUGGAUGAUUCAAGGAAGAAGAGGCAGAAAGAGAGCGGCGGGGGAAAGGUGGCAGUGACUCACAAGCCGAUGGCAGGACCGAACUGCUCGCUAUGUGGGAAGAGUUUCAAGCCAGAGAAGAUGCAUUCACACAUGAAAUCGUGUAAGGGACUCAAGUCGCUGACCAAGACUGCUACGACAUCGACGAAGUCAAAGUCAACCACAGCAAAAUCUUCGGACAAGGAACUGGUUUCCACGUACCUGUUGACCAACUAGGACAGCUCUCCA